AAGUUGAAUGGAAAAAUUUUAGUGUUUAUUUAGCCACGGACACUUUUGUUGCUUAUAUUUAUCCAUGCGGCCGUCGUGACAUCGAUCAGCACUGCCACCAACUCGGUCGAUAAGAACAGAGAGUAGAAGACCAAAAAUAUGGCGUCUAGAAGUGUCAUCCGUUUGAUCCCUAGUUGCGAAAAACUUCAAUGUAAAUCGGCUCCCCGAUUACUUAUUCCAUGCACCAGACAUUAUGCAUCUUGGGAGCCUCAAGACAAAGUUACACAUACUGGCCAAAAAUUCGAUCCUAAGGAUCGUAGGCUGGCAAGAUUUGUCGACAGGCCCAAAGAAGUCAACAGUAAUUGGGCAAUAGAUUUAAUCGCAGAGGUACCACCAGAACCCGUAAAGGCUAGAAUUGUAUCCUGUGAUGGUGGUGGUGGACCACUUGGUCAUCCUAAAGUUUAUAUCAACUUGGAUAAACCAGGCAAUCAUUCAUGUGGCUACUGUGGAUUAAGAUUCUACAAGGAAGAUGACCAUCACCAUCACUGAUGAAUCAAUUUAAAACUUGGUAGUUGAAUUAAUAAAGUUAUUUUGUAAUAUAAAUGAUUAGUUACUACUGUAUGAUAUUUGAAAGCAAUGGCUGCUUAUAAAAUGUUUACCAAUAAAAUUAUAGUUGUAAAAAAAGAAUAAAUUUCAACAGAACUAAAAUA